UUGACAAUCAGAUGUUUGUAUGAAGUUUUAAACCACAUAGAUGAUAGAUCGAAAUUCCACUGAUAGUUCAAGUUAUAAGUCAUCAAAGACUGGUCGACGCGUACGGCAAUUCGUUUUAUAACUUAAAAUAUAUAUACUGAGUUAUUAGUUUAAAAUAAAAAUGGCUCAGCAAGUUGCUGCACCAAAGGAGCGGUAUAUACCGAAUGGACUUAAAUUCGCAUUUGGUGGUCUUUCUGGCAUGGCUGCAACAUGUGUAGUGCAGCCAUUAGAUUUGAUAAAAACACGAAUGCAGUUGAGCGGAGGUGGUCGAACUUCCUUUGCCGUAGCUGGAGAGAUUCUAGCAAGGGAAGGAUUCUUCUCCUUGUAUGCUGGCCUAUCUGCGGGGCUGCUCAGACAGGCCACAUAUACAACAACACGUCUUGGAAUAUAUAAUUGGCUGUUCGAUUCAUAUAAAGAACGUAAUGCCGGUGCCGCACCUGGCUUCGGUACGAAGACACUCUUAGGCGUCACAGCCGGAUCUGUAGGUGCAUUCGUCGGCACCCCAGCUGAGGUAGCGCUCAUUCGCAUGACAGCCGACGGGAGACUGCCAUUGGAGCAACGGAGAAACUAUAAGAAUGUUUUAGACGCGUUAUUGAGGAUAAUCCGCGAGGAAGGUGUUCUGAAGCUGUGGCGCGGCGCGACGCCCACCGUGGGGCGCGCCAUGGUCGUCAACGCGGCGCAGCUCAGCACCUACUCGCAGGCAAGAGAGGUUUUCGUGAAAUACGUACCGGACGGCAUAUUCCUACACUUCUGCGCGUCAAUGGUGUCGGGUCUGGUGACCACCAUCGCCUCCAUGCCCGUUGACAUCAUUAAGACCAGAAUCCAAAACGCAGCCAAAGGUCAAUCACAGAUGGCGGUAGUGACCAGUCUGUUAAAGAACGAGGGCGUAUUAUCUCUGUGGAAGGGAUUCCUGCCGUACUACGCGCGCCUCGGCCCGCACACGGUCCUGACCUUCAUAUUCCUCGAACAGAUGAACACAGCUUUCUUCAAAUACACGUAAAGUGUUCAAGUGAAAAUAUGAAAUCAAAGCUACCGUGAUAAGUUUAUGAUAAAUUUCGACUUGUAUGUUUUUGGGUGUUAAUUGGACGUGGCUCUUGAAAUAGGUCGCAAACUGUAUCGCGUUGUUCUGUGGACAAUUAACAGGUCUACAUUAUUUGUAUUUGAAGUUCAAUAAUCGGGCCAUUCAUUUAUUACGUAAGACUAUUUUCGCUAGCUUUUGACCCCCUAUUAUAAGAAAAAAUAAGAAAAGGCCGACCCCCUCCCCCCCUGUUUAAUAUUUAUUACGUAAGAAUCUAAAGGAUAAACGUGUACACGUUUGGUUUAUUUUUCAAAGAAACAAUUUUUUGAAAUGUUUAUUUGUAAUUUAAAAGUACUAAUAAUAAUCUUUAUUUUUUGGCCCGUCCGUUGCCAUGGAAAUGGAAAUAUCAUUUUAUACCUAUACGCAAACCUUGUAAGAAAACAUAAGACAUGGUCGACCCCCUUCCUCCCCUAAAUCGUCUUACGUAAUAAAUGGAUGGCCCCAAUGGCACAGGUUGGACUUCAAUAAAUUAUUACUAUAAACUCACAGGAGACAUUCGACCAUAGAUCUAAAGAUUGUCAGACAAAACAACAAUGAUUUGAAAGUCUAAUUUGGAAAGAUCUAUUAAUAUUUUUAAAGUCAUAUAAUAUAAUGUUAGUAAUAUGGUCGACCAAUAUAUAUCACAAUCAAAAUAUACUUUAUUUGAGUAGCAGUACUCGCAAGAGUGUGAGCAAAUUUACAUGAGUAAAUUAAAUUUAACCACGGGUUCGGAGUGUAGAUUUUACUGAGAAGAACCUGCGAGAAAUUCAGUAGUUACACUUUUCCGAAAAUUAUUUACAUAGAUUAUUAAAUACAAUAAUUGAAUUGUUAAUCACCACGCAUGGAAAUCAUCGAUAGGGGACCAUAUGCUAUCGCACAUAUAAAUACAUACCACACAACAUCGGUGGUCAACAUUUUGCUUGACUGCACCUUUUCAAUCAAUAAAAAUAUAAUACUGUUAAGUUUUUUUGAUGAAAGUAAAUGAUUUUAUAAUCUGUGUCAAUGAUAUAUUUUGAAUUAAUAUAGUCUGACUGCCUAUUAUCUUAAUCUACGUCUGAUGAAAAAAAAGAUGAGCUUGAAGUUUUUGUAAAAAUGAAGCUUUUUUUAACGUUUUUGUAUACUAUAUUUAUAAAUAUCGCUUUUAGAUACAAUUUUGUUGAUUUUUUUUAUACAUUUUGCACUUUGAUCGUUUAUGUAAAGCUAUGUUUACAAUUUUAAAUAAUCUACAUUUAUGUAACAGAUAUUAAAUACAAUAAUUUACUUUUUAUUUAAUUAUUAAUAUGUUUUAUUGCUUAAGUUAUAGAAACAGAUUAAAAAUAUGUAUGGCACAAAAAAUUAGAUGUUGUUAAAAGAUUCUUAGAUAAAACUUUAUCUAAGAUAUAUUUUCAACUGGCAACAUUGAAAGACAAAAUAAUGUGAUUUAAUUUUAAACCAAACCAUCAUAUACCAAACGACAACACUUAAGAUAUUUUUUUACUUGCAACUUUGCUAUUAAAAAUUAAAUUAUAUAAAUUCAAUAUUAAUAUAAGUUUAGUGUAAUGUGAAUUUUCGUAUGUAAACUGUCUAUUGCGAAUAUUUACUAUAACGUUAAUGUCACAGCGAUUAAAUCUCAUUUUUUAUUUAAAAAAAAGAACAUUUUUCAAAUAAUUUCCGCAGAAACAUAGGCUUAUGAGUGCUUUAGAGUGCCAAAUAUUAAAAAAAAAAUGCUUGUUUGCUUUUUAUAUUAAUUUGCUGCUAAGUACAAAAUCGUUUUAGAUCAUCAGCUUUUAUGAAAUUAUUUUAUAUAUUUACACAAUUUACUUUAGGUAUUGUACAAAUGUCCAGUUUGGACUCUAAAUGAUAAAAUAUAUUUUUUUAAAUAACAUCUUACUUAACAUCAAAAUUUUUCUUAUAAUUCCUUCUUUCUGUGUUCAGAUGAAUUUAUAGUUUUUGAACUGUUUAUUAUUAUAUUUUUUAUAGUCUUUUUGUAUGGUAUCUGUGACUUGUUAGCGCGCCUUUUUGCAUUUUUUUUUAUUAAUGUAGAUGUAUACUUUUAUAGCAAGCAUU